CACCCAAUCCAUGAGCUUCCAACAAAAACCAGAACCUCCCAAAGCCUUUCUUUGCCAUAUAGCUAACCUUCGCCGGCGACGCUAUCCUCACCGGAAAAUGAAUAUUCCGGCGACCAUCUCAUCCCUACGUAUACCCACUGUCGAUAUUUCCGAUCAUCGCCGUCACGUUUUCCACGAAACACACUUGUUGUAGAGCCACAAGUUGUUCCAUUCUUCUUCGCUACGGUAAUUCCAGGAGAAGGUACCCAUUUCUCGCUCGUAAAGAAAUUUUGGUAGAUUAUUCUUUUUCUUCUCUUCCUAGUUGGGUUUCGGACCGGAUUGACCAGGUGAUCGGACAGAAAUUACAGUCUGCGGAGAGUGAUUCCUUUGUUUAGUGAGAGACUUUUGAAAAGAUGGAAGUAGAUGGAGAAUGUGCAUGAAUUUGUUGGGUGGUGGCGCUGAAUUAACGUGUUACUUUUUUCUCGUUCAGUGUGUUAUCGGUUUUAGGUGCAGGUUGUUUUAAAAAAUUUUGGUUACUGUGAGGCUUUGGAAGCGAAUCCAAGUUUAUUGAGCACUGAAAAUGGAGCAGAACUGACAGAGCAGUUUCAGUGCACGGUAUAAUUAGGGGAUUGGUACUGAAAAACCAGACUCAUAUAGAGUCAGAGGAUUUUGAACCUCUUUGAGAAUUUCAUUUUUUUGUCAAAUUCACCAAGCCUUUUCCGAUGAAGAUCCAACCAAUUGAUAUUGAUUCUCAAGAACUGAGGGAUCCAGCGGUUCGGGCCGAUGCCGUCAAACCGGUUCUGAAAUCGCGGCUCAAGAGGCUCUUCGACCGGCAGUUCCCUAACGUCCUCAAAAUCUCGUCGGCGGAGAAGCCGAGUGGUGGCGAGAUGACACAGCACGGAAACAAAGAUGGAGCGGCAGAGUUCGAGCCGAGCUCGGUUUGCUUGGCGAAGAUGGUGCAGAGCUUCAUCGAGCAGGAGAGCAACGAGAAGCAGUCCUCGGCGGCGGCCAAGUGCGGCCGGAACCGCUGCAAUUGCUUCAACGGCAACAACAAUGACAGCUCCGACGACGAGUUCGACGUGUUCUCUGGUUUCGGCAGCGAAUCGGUCACCUCCGGGUCGUUCGGCGGCGAUGCCUUCGAUAUACUAAAGAGCUUAACUCCUUGCGCGAGCGUUGCGGAGAGAAACCUCUUGGCAGACGCGGCAAAGAUCGUCGAGAAGAACAACAAAAUCCACAAACGAAAAGACGAUCUGAGAGAAAUUGUCACCGGCUCUCUGUCAUCUCUCGGCUACGAUUCCUCAAUUUGCAAAUCCAAAUGGGACAAAUCCCCCUUUUACCCAGCCGGGGAAUACGAGUACAUAGAUGUGAUAGUGGAGGGGGAUAGACUGUUGAUCGACAUCGAUUUCAGAUCGGAGUUCGAGAUAGCUCGGUCGACCGGGACCUACAAGGCGAUCCUGCAAUCUCUGCCGUACAUUUUCGUGGGGAAACCUGAUCGGCUGGGCCAGAUCGUCUCGAUCGUGUCGGAGGCAGCCAAGCAGAGCCUGAAGAAGAAAGGGAUGCACUUUCCGCCCUGGAGGAAGGCAGAGUAUACGCGGGCCAAGUGGCUCUCUCCCUACACCAGAACCACCCGAAGCGACACCGUUUCGGAAACUGAGAACGAGAAGAAAGAGGAGAAUAAUAAGUCUUUGGUCUCCGCAGACAGUGAUUGCGGUGAGCUGGAGCUGAUCUUCGGUGAGGAAACGGCGCCGUCUGGAGACAGUUCGCAGUGGUCGUCGUCGUCGCCGUCGAAAAAUUCCGGCGAGGACGAGGAAGCGAAGGAGGUGAGGCCGACGUGGCAGCCACCGGCGGUCAAACCAAAGAGCGUUGAGAGAGGAGCAAGGGUUGUCACCGGAUUAGCUUCUCUCCUCAAAGAGAAACCCUAAGAAAAAUUUUGGAAUAUUUUUUUUUUCUUUUUCCUUAAAAUUUUCAGGUAUAAAAGAUAUGAGUAUAUAUCAAAAUAUAUAUUCGUACUUGGGAUAA